AGAUGGACAUGAAGGUGCUGCAGUUCAAGAACAAGAAGCUGUGCGAGCGGCUGGAGCAGAGGCAGGCGCUGGAGGACGAGCUGCGGGAGCGAAUCGAGAAGCUGGAGAAGAGACAGGCCACCGACGACACCACUCUGCUCAUCGUCAACAGAUACUGGGGCCAGCUGGAUGACAACGUGCAGUUCCUGCUGCAGCGUCUGGACACCGAAACGCCCCCAGCCCCGGCCUGUGCCUCCACUCUGGCUCCAGCCCCAGCACCAGCCCCCGGACUGGACUCUGCGCCUGUGCCCGUCCUGGAAGAGGGGCAGCCGGAGGCGGAGGGCUCCGAACUCCAGCCCCAGGCUCCGGGGGAGGAGCAGGCCGAGGCGGCGGAGCCGGAGCAGGACGGGGGCGAGUCGGGUGAGUCCCAUCGCCAGUCCUCGGAUGGGACAGGACAGGCAGUGGAAGCCGCCCAGCUGGCGGAGGAUCUGAAGGUGCAGUUAGAACACACGCAAGCCAAGCUGAAGGAGAUCCAGAACUCUGUGUCUGACAAUCGUAGCGCCCGAGAGAGGGAGUCCUUCAACCUGAAGAGGGCACAGGAGGACUUGUCUCGGCUGCGCCGCAAGCUGGAGAAGCAGAAGAAGGUGGAGGUCUACACGGACGCUGAUGAAAUCCUGCAGGAGGAAAUCAACCAGUACAAGGCCAAGCUGCGCUGUCCGUGCUGCAACACUCGCGACAAGGAGACGGUGCUGACCAAGUGUUUCCACGUCUUCUGCUAUGAGUGUCUGAAGACGCGCUACGACACGCGCCAGAGGAAGUGCCCCAAGUGCAACGCCGCCUUUGGCGCCAACGACUUCCACCGCAUCUACAUCAACUAGGGAGCAGGGGAGAGAGAGAGGGCGCCCGCUCCUGGAGAGCAGGGACAUGACCUAGUGAGAGAG